AUGAUAGCAAAAAAGUUUAAACCUGAUAAUACUUUGGUGGUGAAUACACAAAAUUUAUUGCUGUGUAAUACUGAAAAACAAGUACAAUAUGAACGGCAUCGAUUUCUCGAGAAUACGUUAGUUAUUUGGUUAAUAUCAAAUGAUAACGAUUUAGUAAUUGAUCGUCCAUGUUGUUUACGUCAAUUUUCUUCUACUCUUAGUUCCGUUCAUACCUUUACAAAUUCAGAUGAAUGUGUUGAUUUUCUCACUGAUAGAGAAAAUGAGAAGAUCUUUUUGAUUGUACAAAACACUGUUGGUGAACAUCUAAUACCACUAAUUCAUGAAAAUUGCCAACUUAAUUCCAUUUAUAUUCUAUGUUCUUCACAAUUGCAACGUACCGAAUGGAUCAACAAAUGGAAGAAGAUAAAAGGAACCUUCGAGAAAAUUAGUAAAGUCAGUGACUCAAUCCAUCAUGAUAUCGGACGUUGUGAAAAUGAAUUAUUUCCAAUUAGUAUUUUUCCAGCAACCAAUAUUUCAACAAAUGAAUUAAAUGAUUUAGAUUCAUCAUUUAUGUACACACAAUUGCUCCAAGAAAUCGUUCUUGAUGUAACACAUGAAAAAUGUGCAACAAAAGAAUUGAUUGACUUUUAUUAUCACAAUUACUCUGGUAACAAUAGCGUGAUAGAGUCCAUUCGCAAAUUUGAAUCCGAAUAUGAGCAACAUUCACCAAUCUGGUGGUACACAAAAGAGUACUUUAUCUAUUCUGUACUCAAUCGAGCUUUGCGAUUACAAGAUGCAGAAGUGAUUAUUAAAAUGGGUUUUUUUAUGCGAGAUCUUCAUCAACAAAUGAAAGAUCUUUAUGAUAAAUCUGUUAAAGAUAAUAACCAACAAACUCUAUAUCGUGGUCAGGGCAUAUGUAACCUUGAAUUCAAAAAACUUAAACAAAAUAUCGGUGGUCUGUUAUCAUUUAAUAGUUUUUUAUCGACGAGCACUAAUGAACAAGUGUCGUUAUUCUAUGCUGAUUCUUGCCGACAAGAUGUAUCAAUGACUGCUAUUCUCUUUCGACUACAUAUUGAUCCUAAAAUAUCAUCAACGCCAUUUGCUUCGUUGAAAAAUAUCAGUUUCCAUCAAUCGGAAGAAGAAGUACUAUUUUCGAUGCAUACAGUUUUUCGGAUUGGAAAUAUGAAACAAAUUGAAGAUCGAUUUUGGGAAGUGGACUUGCAGCUAACUGAUGACAGAGAUGAGAAAUUAAUACAUCUUACCAAUUACAUUCGAAAUGAUCUGCAAGGAAUAAGUGGUUGGGAUCGAUUAGGUAAUUUGAUGAUUAAAAUUGGUAAAUUCGAUAAAGCUGAAGAAUUUUAUGAGAAAUUACUUGAUAUCACGCUUAUUGACGAUUUGAAAAAUUUAGCUCGCGUCUAUUGUCAACUCGGAUCUAUCAAGAAAUUCAAAGGAAAUCAAACUGAAGCCCUUUCAUAUUAUCGAAAUGCGCUUGAUAUUCGACAGAAAAAUGUUAGCUUAAUGGACGAUGAUUCAUAUUUAGCCGUUAUAUAUGGCAAUAUGGGUGAAGUUUAUCGUGAAAUGGGAGAUCAUUUAAAUGCACUUUCAUUCUAUGAAAAAGCUCUCGAAAUUCAACACAAAAUUUAUCCUUCUGAUCAUGUACAUUUAGCAACAACUUAUAACAACAUAGCGCUUGUGUACCGAUCAUUAAAUGAUCCAUUCAAAGCACUUUCAUAUUAUCAGAAGGCAUUAGCAAUCGAACAGAAAUUAAUGCCUUCAUUGCAUCCAUUACUAGCUACGACGAACAAUAAUAUUGCACAAGCAUAUCAAUAUAUGGGAGAUUAUACAGAGGCACUCGUAUUUUAUCAAAAAUCGCUUGAAAUUAUAAAAAAAUCACUUCCACCUGAUCAUCCAACGAUAGCAACUACGUACGAUAACAUCGGUACAUUAUAUCGAUAUAUGGGAGACUUUAAGAACGCACUUGAUUCUUCUCAGAAAGCACUAGAAAUUCAACUUAAACAACAUUUAUCGAAUGAUACAAAUUUAGCAAUAAUCUAUCAUAAUAUUGGUUACAUUCAUCUAGAGUUAGGAGAUAAUUCUCAAGCUCUAGUGUUCUUUCAAAAAACAUUUGAAAUUCAAAAAGAAUCUCUGAAUUUAAGCCAUGCUGCUUCGGCUAUUAUUUUGAAUAGUAUGGGUGAAGCGUAUUAUUGCAUGCAUAACUACAAAGAUGCCUUGGAAUUUUAUCAUAAGAGUAUCAAUACUUUGAACCAAUCAAUUUGUUUCAAUCAAUUAUUAUUUGCCACUAUCUAUAUUAAUAUUGGUACAGUGCACUUAGCAAUGUCAGAGUAUUCGAUUGCAUUAUCAUGUUUUCAAAAAGCACUUGAAAUCCGUGAAAAAUCUCUUCUUUCUGUUCAUCCUGAUUUGGCUACUAUCUACAGUCAUGUGGGUCUCGCUUAUAAUCUUCUGGAUGACCUACCAAAUGCACUUAUAUUCUGUCAAAAAGCAUUGGAAAUUCAACAAAAAAUUCUUUCUCCUGAUCAUCCAGACUUGGCUUCCACCUACAUCAAUAUCGGAUCAACGUAUCGAGCUAUGGAAAAUUACACAAAUGCCUUCUCGUUUUUCGAGAAAGCUUUGAAUAUACAACAGAAAACUCUUCCAUCAAAUCAUCGUUCCAUCGCCUCUACAUACAACAAUAUUGGUCAAACGCCUUUCUAUAGGAAUGAUCAAGAAAUUGCAUUAUCAUUUUUCCAAAAAACUCUCGACAUCUUCAAAGACUCAGCUGAUUCCAACGAUCCUUUGUUAGCAUCUACGUACAGUUUCAUCGCUGCAAUACGUAAAAGUACAAAUAAUCAUUUAGCUGCUAUGUUGUUUUAUGAAAAAGCACUUGCAAUCCAAGAAAGAAUACUAAAACCAAAUGAUAUUGCACUUGGAAUAGCUUGCAAUAAUAUUGGUACUGUAUAUGAUGCAAUGAAUAACUACUCAAGAGCUAUUUUGUUUUAUGAAAAAGCUCUGUUAAUUGAGCAGAAUUCCGUCGCACCGAGACAACUUUCAUUAGCAGUAACUUAUACUAACAUCGGUAAUGCACAUAUGUGCAUGAGGAACUAUUCAGCUGCUUUAUCGGCUUUUGAAAAAAGUCUUGACAUCCGAGAAAAAUAUUUUCCAAGCGAUCAUUCUAGCUUGGCUCUUGUGUACAAUAAUGUUGGUCAAGCACACGAAUCUCUGAAGAACUAUUCAACAGCUCUCUGUUUCUAUGAUAAAUCUCUCAAUCAGGAACAGAAAACUGUUCCAGUAGAUAAUGGAUCGCUCGCUUCUAUCUACAAAAAGAUCGGUCGGACGCAUUUCUCUAUGAAUGAUCAUGACAUGACAGUCUCGUCUGUCCGACAAGCUGUUAAAAUACUUGAAGGGUCAUCAAAUCUUGAUGAUUCGUUGUUAGCAUCUACGUACAAUCUCACCGCUGAAAUCUAUCAUGGAGUGAAUGAUUAUACCACUGCCAUUUCAUUUUAUGAGAAGACACUUAAAAUCGAACAAAGAAUACUCGAGCCAAAUGAUAAUGAACUUGGAAUAACCUACAAUAAUAUUGGUACUGUAUACGAUGCGAUGGGUGACUACUCGAAAGCGAUUUCGUUUUAUGAAAAGGCAUUAUCAAUUGAACAAAAUUCAUUGUCACCGAAUCAGCUUUCAUUAGCUACAACGUUUACUAGCAUGGGUGACACAUAUUACUCGAUGGAAGAUUAUUCUGCUGCUCUAUCUUCUUAUGAAAAAACUCUUGGAAUUCGAGAAAAAUAUUAUCCAACCGAUUAUCGAGGUUUAGCUCCUGUUUACAGCAAUCUCGGUCACGUUGCUGGUCGAACAUUUCAUGAUGUUAGUACCUUUGUUAACAUCAAAGUAUGGUCCCUAUUUAUGUUUCGAUACGAAGACGAUCUUGAAUCAUUUAUGAAUUGGUAA